AUCCUACUUUAGGUUGCUAGAAAUGUCCUUAUUUUUGCCAAACAUGCGAUUAAAGUAAUUAUUGCACAUCUUGCCCUCAAGCUUCUAACAGAAUGCAAAUAACUGAUUCUAAUGUAUGUGCUUGUUUAAAUGGCUAUCAAGAUGAUUAAAAUUUAUAAAUAUGUUAUAAAUGUGAUGAUUCUUGUUUGACCUGUAAUGGCCCAAAUAAUAAUAAUUG